UUUCCUAGUUUUUAAUCGCUGUGCUCCUUCCUUCUGUGCUGCUAAAUCCAACGAGUAUGCUGUUUUAUCAUGUGAAAGAGGUGUUGUUUAAAUUCUACCAAGAUGAUAUUGCACGUAUUGUCGCUGCUUCCGUGCUGGUCUUUUCGCUGGUUUGCAGCCUGUAUUUAAGUUCCAUUAUCGGAUUGACGGUGCUGUUGUUUUUCGUGAAUGGCUGUGCGGCGGCUGUUUUUGUCCUCAACCACAAGGACACCUUCGGCAGGUACAUCCAGAAAGUGAAAGAUUUCUUCGGUAUCAAAGAUUACGAUGCAAGUAGUGGCCAUGAAUGUGACGUGUGUGGCAACGAUCGAUGCCCGAGGCAUAAUCGGAAAACGCUACAACCCGAACCGUGGAAAGGGUUCGCGAUAGAACGAUCGCUGGAUGAGGCCGUUGACAAGCUGCUCUCGCACAUACUGGACACCUUUAUCCGCAGCUGGUACAACCAGGUGACACCGGACGAAGAAUUCCUGUACCAUUUGAAGGUAAACCUCCGCGAUGGACUCUGUCGACUGUUGCUACGAGCCCGGGAGAUCGAUGCCCCCGGUGUCAUCAUGAAUCGGUUGCUACCGACCGUGUUUAUACACUAUGAAAUCAUUUCGAAAAUGCUGCUCGUCGACCGAGUACCGAUGGAUAAGCUCGCAAAAACGUUCGUCAUCGAUGAGUAUCCGUUACAUCCGGCAGUCUUGAACCGUCACGCGGAGUUGAUGUAUUUACGGGGCAUUGCAAAGGUUCUCAUUCCACGGCUGUUCACGGCGGAGAACACCAGCUGCAAGAUCUUUUUCAAUCUCGUCAAGGAGCUGCUCACGUUUUGGGUACUGCUACCGAUCAUGGAUGUUAUUGCGGAUCCAAAUCUGAUUAACCUGCUUAUAGUUACGGCCACCGAUAAGCGAACGAAAGAUGGGUUACGAGGUCCAGUGGAAGCGAAUAUGAAGAGUAAAACGCGCGGAGAAACUGUCGAAAUAUUGCGUGACUUUGUGCAGCGCAGCUUGCGUAAGGUGGAUUGUGGUGUAACGGUGUCCGUUGCCCGGCAGGAGAACUUUUGGAGCGAUCAGAACAAACUGUACUACUUUAUGCAGUUUCUCAUCAAGGAAGGCUCUGUGGAACUGCUCCGUUUCUACCUGGAUGUUGAUAUCCUAAACAAAGAACUUGAAGAUCCUCAUAUAACCACAGAUCCAACGAAGCUCUCUUCCUUACAUCAACAAUCGGAACGACUUCUGCGGGCUUAUCACGCCAUGGUACAGGCGGAUGGUGGGGAAGAGAAUGCAUCCAAAGUCGGUACCCUUACCGAGGCACACGAGCGAGUGCGUGCCAAGUUGGAGGAGAAAUGGGCCAAACAGUUUAGCAAAACCUCGGAAUACUUUGAGCUGGUAUAUGGUAGUCGCGAUAUCGCCGAGAAUACGGACAAACGGGGCGAUUCUGGUGGGAGCGCGGGGAACAAGCUAAGUACAAAGUUUUUCCGCCUCCAGGGAGGUGCCGUCGACGGAGCACCGAUAGAAGCAAUCGAGGAGCCUACUGUUUGGGAUGCACUGAAUCCUGGUCCGAUACCUAGCAACAACAUCUACAACUCGGUCACACAGAAACUGCGAAAAGAGAAAGGACAAAGCUUGGACGUAUUUAUGGCCACUUUUAUGCAUUCCAUUGAACAAAGUCCCGACAUUGGUGAAGACGUUGCCAUGGACAAGGAACCUGCUAAAAAGAGAACGAAAAAACCGGGCCAAAGCAUGGUCUUUGGUGAUCUGUUCGAACUGAAGAAAGCUUCCAAAAAUACUCACACAACGACCCUGCUUUCGCACAGCGUCCGUGGCCCUUCACAGUGCUUCGUUUACAUUCUGGUCAAAGUACUAAACGCUCCGUUCAUAAUCGUCCGGCUAGCAUUGGCGUUCUGUUGUGUUUCGCGCAAAACUGUCGACACAUUGAUCAACUCACUGACGGCGCGGUUGAUUCGGGCAGGGUUAAAGCAGAGCCGGCUUGCCUUUCUGAUUAAUUUGCUACGCGAGCACGUGUUUUUGCGCAAGCUCACGGAACCGACACCGGCCACAUUGUUAAAACGGCAGCAGGAAGCCCGUAAACGGCUCGAGGAGCUUCGGACCGGACUGGGGAACUUGGCCGAUGUGCUACAGUCACCGGCACUAAACAAGCAUUUAAUGUACUGCCUGUUCGAUAUUCUGCUAGCCGAGAUGUAUCCCGAGUUUGACGAGUUGCCGCCACCGAGCAGCACUAGGGAAUAGGGGGGGCAGUGUGAUAACGAGAUUACGGCCAAAGCUCUCUUACUGUGUUACUGUACCGCACGUGUAUUAGUACUCUUUAAAUAAAAUACCCGUUUAAGCACA